UAAAACCUAUGACCCAGAACAGUCGAUGACCACUGUAGGCGAAUCCUCACAUCUCUCUGGUACAUCUUCAACAUCUUCACCUGGAUACAACGACAACAAAUACAUAGUGUUUGAGAAGAACCUCAUGGAGCUGUUUGAGAAAUGUCCAAACUGUCGCCGUGCAGCCGAGGUGAAGACUUUCAGACGGGGAACUUUUUUAUCCGUUGACCAAAGAUGCCACCACUGCAAUUUCAUCAAGCACUGGGAAAGCCAGCCAUUGAUGGGGAGCUCACCUGUAGGCAACCUCCAAUUGUCAGCAGCUGUAUACUGCACAGGAUCAUCUUUUAAUCAAGUCUUUAAAGCCAUGCGGCUGCGAAACAUAAGCUACUCUUCAUUCCGUAGACAUGCAACCCGUUACAUUGAGCCAGCUGUAAUACACAAAUGGCACCAGUAUCAAGAUGGUGGAUUGGAGUCCCUUAGGCACCAAAAACUGAAGCUUGGGGGUGACAUGAGAGCAGAUUCACCAGGACACUGUGCAAAAUACGGGACAUACAGUUUGAUGAAUAUGAAAAACAACAAAAUCAUUGCUCUUCAGUUGGUUCAGAGCAAUGAGGUUGGCGGGAGUCACAACAUGGAGAAAGAAGGACUUAUAAGAGGCUUGCAGUUGUUGGACUUCAAGGGCAUGACUGUUGAUUACAUCGUCACCGACCGCCACCCACAGAUUCAGAAGUUCUUGCGGGAAAAUAAAAUAACGCACUACUUUGAUGUCUGGCAUUUGGAAAAAGGUCUAUCCAAGAAAGUUAGCAAGGUGGCCAAGGAGAAAGACUGCGAGGUGAUCCAAAAGUGGCAACGAGGAAUCAGCAACCAUGUCUACUGGUGCGCAACAUCCUCAACUUCAGGCUCUGAGAAGGUUGCAAAGUGGACAUCUCUAUUUAACCACAUGCAAGAUCAACAUGUCCAUGACAACCCUGAAUUCCCUAAAUGUCUGCAUGCUGAACGCAAGAGCAACGCAAAGAAAAAGUGGCUUAAACCAGGUUCCAAGGCCCUCCUCAAAAUGGAGAAGGUACUUGUCAACAAGAGGGUUCUCGGUGACGUGGAGAGACUAAGCUCGCGGUACCAGACAUCUACGCUUGAGGCAUUUCACAGCGUCAUCUUGCGCUUCACGCCCAAAAAUGUUGUCUUCCCUUUCAUUGGGAUGCUGUGCAGACAAUAUCUGGCUGCACUCCAUUUCAACGAAAAUUAA